AUGUGGGGGCGGAGGGUGAACAACACUGUCCUGCUGAUACCGCAGUUGUUGCACUUGGAGGCCAUUCAGGAGGAGGAAGAAGAGGAUGAAGAUGGAGAUGGGGACAGAGCACAGGCCAGCGUUGCUUUGGACACGGAGCAGUCGUCAGAGAAGUCAUCAGAGAAGUCGUCAGAGCGUUUAGAGGAAGAUGAAGAACCAUCAGAAGAGGAAAUCUUUGUCGACACUCCCCUGAGAGCUCGCAGCAGCCGCAGGAGACGACCACGACCGUCUACGUCUGGUUUACCAAAGUCUAAGUCCAGCCUGUUCAACGCCACUGAUGCUUCUCCACAAAAAGUGGACCUGUUCCCGGACUGGGUGGUGCAGCUGAUGUUCAAUAUUGAAGAGGCAACUCAACACAAACUGGUGGUGGAGUAA